AUGGCGGUACUGGGGUUUCACGUUGUAAUCUCUCUAAUUGUUCUCACACUUAUUAGCAAAUUAGGCACUAGAAUAUCUAUUAUUCAACUUUUCAUAGUCAAAGGACUUUAUCGUUAUUUGGCCCCCACGAACAAUGAGCUCAGGUCUUUGUUGCCUUCAUCGAAGGAAAAAACGAAUCCAAGAUUGAGAAGACGCAAACGGGAAGAGGAAGAUAUGUCGGGUUUCAAUGUGCCAAAGCAUAUCCCUUUAUCUCUGAAUAGAGCUCCAGUAAACGAACUAGAACUACAGAACUUUCCUCUUUUCACAUCAGUUCAUUGGCUUUCUCUCUACGUUCCAUUAUGUUUGGUGACUUAUGUUCUUAGUGAAGUUUUUCUUUAUUACUUCCCGUCUAAUGGAGAUAUGAACAUUUCUAUCAUAUGGCUGUUCAUCGGAGUCGCGUUCGUCAUGCAGGUGUUGGCUCGAUUGACUGCCUGGCUGAUUGUGAAUCAAGAUGAACGAAGUCUGUUGUUUACGUUUGGAGCUCUAUACUUCUUGAUUUCCUGUAUAUUCACGAUGUGGUCAAACAGAUUCUUUGACGUUGAUAUGCUCAAAGCUUAUGAUCAAUUUGGUAUCAAUAUCGAUAAGUUCAUGGAAGAGAUUGGAAACGUUGCGGAGACAGAUGGGAAACUGAAAAGCCCUCUGCUCUUGUAUAUAUCUCUCUCUGUCUUGUUUUCUUUGCUUUCGGCAAUGCUUGUAUUUCCCAACUUCCGCUUUGCCAACAUGUAUACAAGAGCCCUUGAAGUUGCCAGUGUACCAUCAAGAAUUGUGCUUCAUCUCUCUUUUCUGAUGCCCCUAUUUACUUUAACCUUGUAUCUCCACCCAGUUAAGGCUCAUCUGGUACAUGGGAAAAGAAUGCUUUUCACUGAAGAGUCUCUCGACAUUUUCCGUAUAUACACUGUAAUAUUCACAUUACUCCUAAGACUGGCUUUGAGAAAGCAACAUCUUCAGGCUCAUCUAGAUAUGCCUCAUGAGAAGGUUCAGGAACUACAGAAAGAAACUGGACACGUCCGCAACACCGCUCUUCAAUCACUGAUUUUCCGGUAUUAUUCUUACUUCUCUGCCGUUGUUCUACAAUAUUUCUCCCCAAUUUUACUCGCUUUCUUCUUCGCUCUGUUGCUGAAGACUACAGGAGGACUUUCAUGGGUAGCUUCACCUCAAGAAGUUGAUAUUACCUCAUCAACAGUCACUAUGGGUGCUAUCCGAUCUAUAUUUGACCAAUUCAUCUGCCGCUCGAUCUGGACAUAUGCUUUAAUAAUAACAACUUUCAUCAAUUUCUCCCUCUCUAUGUUGGGAGUUAUGUACAACACAUAUUUUGCCAAAUAA